GAGUCUGCGGAGCGUAACGGUCUUCCAUCCAAAGGAUCCUUAUCCUUCCCCAGCCCAGAGGGCACGGCACCUCUCCCUCUAAGACGGCACGAGCGACAUUAAUCGCCCCCCUCUCCAUCUCCAAAUCCAAACGAGUUGAUCGUCGCAUCGAGACCAAAUAAUGCCAAUUGCCAGUGUCUCUGCCAAGCCUCUGUCUCACCUCCCCGCAAAACGAGGAUCAUCCAGGUUCACAACGAAAGGUACAUCAAGAGUAAGGGUUAUGAUGCUUAGGCAAAAAAAUCCGGGAGGCCAGAAGAAGAGCUUUGAUGGAACAGGCGAGCCUCUAUAUCUUGGGAUAGACUUUGGAACUUCAGGUGCCAGAUAUGCUCUUGUCGAUAAGCAAGGGGCCAUACAUUCUGAAGGCAAAAGAACUUACCCUCCUGUUGGUAGAGUCACAAACUGGGCAAGCUCCUGGAGAGAAGCUCUCUUCCAUCUUCUGGGUAAUAUCCCAGCCAUCUACCGGCCAUCCAUCUCUUCCAUUUCAAUCGACGGGACUUCAGCCACCACUUUCAUCAUCGACAGGAACAAUGGAGGGAUUCUUGCUGGCCCAUAUCUCUACAACGAGAGCUUCGCAGACGCGCUGCCAGCAGUCGAAUCGAUUGCCCCGGCAAAUCAUACGGUGCGUUCUGGUUCGUCCACCCUGUGCAAGCUUGUGUCAUGGUGGAAUUCGAGCUCAGCAGGCUUGAGCAGUAGAGAUUCAGCGAUACUGAUGCACCAGUCAGACUGGUUGCUCUGGCUUUUGCAUGGAGAAUAUGGUGUUUCUGAUUAUAACAACACUCUGAAGGUGGGCUACGAUCCAGAGAUUGACUCGUACCCAAGUUGGUUGAUGUCACAGCCAUAUGCUUACAUGUUGCCGUCUGUUAGAGCACCCGGAGCUCCAAUUGGCUCAAUCAAGGAGGAUGUACGCGCACAGUUUGGAUUUCCCAAGAACUGCGUGGUCUGUACUGGAACAACGGACAGCAUAGCCGCUUUUCUCGCAGCGCGCACCACAGAGCCCGGGAAAGCUGUGACGUCGUUGGGUUCAACUCUGGCGAUCAAGCUGCUGAGCAACGCCCGCGUGGACGACGCGCGGUUCGGCGUGUACAGCCAUCGGCUGGACGACAUGUGGCUGGUCGGGGGCGCGUCCAACACCGGCGGCGCCGUCCUCAGGCAGCUCUUCACCGACGAUCAGCUCGUCGCUCUCAGCCACGAGAUCGACCCGUCGGUUCCUUCCCUUCUCGAUUACUACCCUCUGCCUAAGAGAGGAGAAAGGUUCCCUGUCUCCGACCCCAACAUGAUGCCAAGGCUGCAGCCUAGGCCGGAGAGCGACACGGCGUACUUGCAUGGCAUACUGGAGUCGAUCGCGCGGAUUGAGGCAAAGGGGUACAAUCUGUUGAAGGAGCUCGGCGCGAGCAUGGUGGAGGAGGUUUUGACGGCGGGUGGAGGAGCUCGGAACGAUAAGUGGACGGCGAUAAGGGGAAGGGUGCUUGGCGUUCCGGUGAGAAAGGCGGAGCAGACGGAGGCGGCCUACGGGGCUGCACUGCUAGCACUCAAGGGUGCUAAUACUACGCACUAGCGCUCUAAUUUAGCAAAAUAUAUGUACAUAUACAGUUUUUUAAUGAUAUAUUUGUGUAUGCGUUGCAAUCGCAAACUUAUAAUGUACUUGCAUUGUUUCUAAAUAUACGACACUGUUUACUUUUGGACAUAA